CUACCAAGGACCAUGGACUCGAAAGCCAUCUAAUCACAGAAGAUAUUUCGUCAGACCGAGUCGUGACAGCCGAUAGUACUUGACAGUCUGAUCGCUCGAACAGCUGGCUCGGGUGCCACGUGUAUGCGGCGAAGUAUAUUCCCCGUCGAGCGUUGAAUAGAAACUAUGGUACUAGACUUGGACCUCUUCCGCGAGGACAAGGGCUUCGACCCGGAGAAGGUGCGGGAGAACCAGACGAAGCGUUUCAAGGACGUGCAGCUGGUGGAUACCGUGAUCGAGAAGGACAAGCACUGGCGGCAAUUGCGCCAUCGCGCCGACAAUUUCAAUAAGCUGAAGAACAUGUGCAGCAAGGAGAUCGGCGAGAAGAUGAAGAAGAAGGAGCCGCUCGGCCACGCCGACACUGUGCCCCAAGCCAUCGCCGACGACCUGGACAACCUGGCCUCCGAGCACCUGAAAGCGUUGACGGUGAUGCAGAUCAAAAGAAUACGUGCCCUCAUUGACGAGGCUAUACAAAAGAAUGAUGAGAAUCUGAAGACUACCGAGUCGGAGAGGAACAAUGCGCUCAGGGAGGUGGGCAAUCAUUUGCACGAAUCUGUGCCCGUCAGCGACGACGAAGAAGAGAACAAGGUGGAGAGAACUUGGGGAGACUGCGUCGAGAGGAAAAAGUACUCUCAUGUAGACCUGAUCCACAUGAUCGACGGAAUGGACGGAGAACGUGGGACAAGCGUGUCCGGCGGACGUGGCUAUUUCCUCACUGGACCAGCGGUGUUUCUUCAACAAGCCCUGAUGCAAUUGGCACUGAGGAAGUUGUUUAAGAAAGGCUACAAGCCUCUGUACACUCCAUUUACCAUGCGGAAAGACGCGAUGCAGGAAGUGGCGCAGCUUUCUCAAUUCGACGAGGAACUGUACAAGGUGGUUGGCAAAGGUACCGAACGUAACGAGGACAAAGAGACGGAGGAGAAAUAUCUCAUCGCUACCUCCGAGCAGCCGAUAGCAGCUUUUCACAGGGGCGAGUGGAUAGCCGAAGGCGCUCUCCCGAUAAAAUAUGCCGGAAUCUCUACGUGCUUUAGGCAAGAAGUUGGCUCUCAUGGACGAGACACCAGGGGUAUUUUUAGGGUGCAUCAGUUCGAAAAGGUGGAGCAAUUCUGUCUUACCUCGCCGCAUGACAACAAGUCCUGGGAGAUGAUGGAAGAAAUGAUUUCCAAUGCGGAAGAAUUUUAUCAGGCCCUGGACAUUCCUUAUCGUAUAGUUAAUAUUGUAUCCGGUGCACUGAAUCAUGCAGCUUCCAAGAAGUUGGACUUGGAGGCCUGGUUUCCCGGCUCGGGUGCAUUUCGCGAGCUCGUAUCGUGUAGCAAUUGCUUGGAUUAUCAAGCAAGAAGAUUGCUAGUCAGGUACGGUCAAACGAAGAAAAUGAACACCACGACGGACUACGUUCACAUGCUGAACGCGACGAUGUGCGCAGUGACGCGCGUAAUUUGCGCAAUUCUGGAAGUGCAUCAAACAGAAACUGGCAUCAAAGUGCCGAAAGUCCUGGCGGAUUACAUGCCUUCCGAAUACGAAGCUGAGAUUCCGUUUGUGAAAGCUGCGCCGAUCGACGAGAUCGAAACAAAGAAGCAGAAAAAGCAAAAAGAAAACAUGUCGAAGUAGCAAGUCGUUACGUGAACACGGUAACGAAGCGAAUGGACUAUGGAUCUUAUUUAUUGCAUUUUGAAAUUGCAUUUUUUUUAAUAUUCCAUUACGAUCUAAUGCGGAGCUGUGUGCUGUAAUAGAUAUUUAGGAAAAUAUAUACACUAGUGUAUUUUCGGCUUCUCAAUACCGACAACGUGUUUCACAACAAUAUACCUGUUUCCUUGUCUCGCGAGUUAAAAACUUCGCCUCGCGAGAAAAGAUUUCCUCUGGCCGGUUUUACAUUCAGAGACAAAAAUCACACGUGACAUCCCCAAAUAUCGAGAUUUAUUACCUUUAUUACUCAAGAAGGCAUGUAUCCGUUCAACGAUCGUGUCAAGCUUAGAACAAUCGACGAUUGUCAACACAGAUUACAACAUUUUAUUUGAUAACACUUGUUCAAUAUUUUUAUAAUCAGACAUCGGUAUAUAAUAUAUAUGAUUUUGUAAUAUACAUUUGAUGAAGAAUAUUUUUCAGUAUAUAAUAUUCCAUAUUUAUCUGCUUCCUGAAAACUCGUAAUAUCUCCGUAAUGUGCUAAGAAUCUUUCCGUUUCCUUCCUGUUUAUUUUUACAAUUAUCGGUAUCGUUAAUACUAAUAUACACACAAGAGGCCAUUAAAAUGUCUCCCCCAGAACAAUGCACUUCAGUGUAGGUGUGAAACGAAAAAAAAAAAGAAUUGAAAACCCUAUUUUUCUACGGCGCUUCGUCAACGAGCUACGGUCUCCCCGCGACGAUUAUAUUUAUCGGAAGAAGAGCGCAUGUGUGCCGAUCUCCAUUCGUAAAACAGAUCGUUACGUAUGCUAAUGUCGGUAUAAUAAUACUUUGGCCAGGCAUAAGAUAAUCCACUGUACUGCUCUUUCCAUCCUAUAAUAAAAUAUAGACUUUACAUUGU